GAGAGAGCAAGUGUCCCCCUUUCUCAUUGCGCCCGAUACAUCUAAUCUGGGAAACCCUGGCCUGGUCGUUGUUUGGUGGUGGGAAGCGGACACGAGGAUGCCGCGCAAGGUCAGUUCCAUCACUUCAUCCCUCUCCCUCCCCCUUCUUCCUCUUUCCGAGCGUCGUGCACCACAAAAAAAAACACAUAUCCCCGAAAGGACUCAUACUAAACGAGGAAGGGGGGACACACAGGUCCGCGUCCCUGCCGACCCGGCACAAUCCCGGCUCAACCAGCAGCGCUCGCGCGCGCGGCGGCGCGAGCACGUCGCGGACCUAGAGCGCAGGCUGCGGGAGCGCGAGGGGCAGGCGGUGCAGGCGUCGGUCGAGAUGCAGGCUGCGUCGCGGUACGUGGCGUGGAAGAACGAGAUGCUGAUGGGCUUGCUGGAGAGGAGAUUUGGCGUGGCGAGGGGGGAGGUGGAGGGCUGGCUGGAUGAGGAGUGGAAGAAGACUGCCUCGGGGAUGAGGUUGGACCUACCUGGAAGAGAAGCUGUCAGAGGAGAGGAAGAGGGGGACGGCGUGCGUGGCUUAUUGACGGCGACGUCUGGCCAUCAUCAAAUUAUGCGAAUAGUGGCGGAAGAGGAGGAGGGAGAAGAAGAAGAAGAAGAAUGUGAUGACGGCUGUGUAUGCAGGAAUGGGAGCUCGGACCGGAAAGUCACGCCUGACUGCUAUCGCACGGACACAAGAACCAUGGCGACGACAUCGUCACAACCCGACUCGGCGUCACAACCGGACUCAAACUCUGCUGCGAUGCCUCCACCGCAAACAUCGCGGCAGAUGGUCGAAAUGACAUCCUGCGACGAGGCAGCCGACAUGAUCGCGAGUCUACAAGGACACGGCAACGUCAACGACGCCCGAAGACUGCUGGGAUGUCCGAACUCGAGCGACUGCAAGGUCAAAAACACCCAACUGUUUCAGCUCAUGGUGGAGACAACUUGACCAGCCAGGCGUUGAGGCAGAUGAUGAACUACAAUCAGCGCGUGGGGCCGUCUUUGCAGGAGGCUACCAAUAUCUUAUUUACAGUUCUAUAAUCAGAGCGACAUGUCGACAAUUAACGAUCGCUGUAUCAGAGGCAACACCGAGGAUAUUUGCCAUGAGCAGGGCCAACACAUCAGUCCUUCCACCAUCUCCGCCUAAUCCACUUGACAGCAUACACAAGCCCCAGCAUGAUGGGCACUUCGAUCAAAGGCCCGACCGUGGACGCGAGCGCCUGGUCGCUAUGUGGUCCAAAGGUGGCCACUGCAACUGCAAUGGC